AAACAUUUUCUGCAGUCUGCAUUCUGCUAUGCAGUCUACAUUUCCUACCCUUCAUCAGUUUAAUUGCUUACGUUUCAUUGGAUAGCGAAAUUGUAUGAUUUAAUUGCGAAAAUUAAAGAUUUUAUAUUGCACAAAAUAAAGAAUUUAUAGAUACUGUGAACAUGUUAAAUUGUUAAUAUGAAUUAAAAUGAACCUGGCACGGAUAUAUCUUCCUUACGGACUGCGUCAAAAUAAAUUAUAUUUUCCAAUAAGAUCUUUUUCACACCAUAAUUCCGAUGAGAGGUUUAAUGCUAUCAGUGAGCUGCGAAUUCGGGUGUCGAAGGACCGUGAUGUAUGGGGGUAUAUGAUAGAGAGCUUUAUAACUAAUAUUAGCCUGGCAGAGAGAGCGGUGGAGAAGGAUGUUGUCGACAUGAUGAAGGCGUGUAAACGAGAUAUCGUCGAUUUAUAUCCAAAAGAUCAAAAGAUAAUUACAGAAACUGCCUGGAAAACAAUUAAACAGGUUCAGUUGGAGGAGUCUAGAGAUCCAUUUAUUUACAACUUAGCCUUGGAGGCUUACAUCUACCAGGACAUGGACUUCGACCAGGAGGAGUUCCUCAGUGAUAUGAAAGCGCACAAAACAGGUCCCAACUCAAGAACUCAUGAGAAUUUCCUGACGCAGUACGCAAAGCGCGGAGACAUCGAGAGUGCGUUAAAGAUGAUUGAGGAGCGCAAUUCUGCUGGUGUUGUUCUCAACGAGGUUGUAGCCUCGAGGUUAAUCCUCUGCUACCUGGCCAGGGGGGAGGACAAGGAGGCCGAGGAUAUUGUUUCACUCCUGGAUAAACGUCAGAUUUAUUACGGGAAAUCCAUCCCGAACUCAUUUAUUCUCGGUGUAGCAAAGAGAGGGGAUGGAGAGAAGUUGGAACAAUUAAUUAAACGCUAUUCUCCGGGAGAACAAGUUUUGGUCCAGGCUCUAGUCGAACUCUGCAAGGUUUCUCCUGAUCAAGCUCCCCUCAUUCUCAAUCGUCUUCCAGUAAACAAACCCUUUCUUUCAUCAAUAUGCCGGCGUCCAGUUAAACAAUUGCUGGAAAUGAACCUGGUGGAUAUAGCGGAGAAGCUGGUUUUGUGCACUGAGCUUACCCCAGAGAAUAGUUCUGUUAAAGAGAAUGCAAUCUGUAUUAGUCCUUCUGUUAUUGUACUAUCCCGGAUACUUAGACAAGGAACCGAUCUUGUGAAAUCUAUCGCAGCUAUAAAUUUAAUGAAAUCCGCAGACCCACAAAUAAUAUCCCGAUCAAUUGUCAUCUGUUUUGAUCUGUGUUUUGAGUACCCGGAGAAGAAAGACUUUUAUGAAUCUGUGAUAAAAGAAUUGCUCCGAGAAAAUCGGACAGCUUUAAAAGCUACAGAGGAGUUGAUAAGUCAGAAUAUAACUAGGAAGAUUCAGAAGACAAGGACGGAUAAUGAUGUUCUUUUCAUUCUAAAAACCAGUUCAGAUUUAGGUAUAAAGUUGACCCAUUUAAAGGAGUGGAAUGCCGCUCUGUUCCGUUUGAUUCCUGGUAACCAGGAAUACCAUACAAGAGAUCUAGUUGAAAGGAUUAAAAGUGUGAGGAACUGUUUGGAUUGUAUGACGGUAGGAUCUGGCGGAGUAUAUUCAAAUUCUGUUCUCUGGUCCCAGAUCAUGAAAUAUCUUCUUGUUGUUAAAUCAGAAACUUUCUUCAAAGCAAGCGCCACACUAACUAAGGAUUUAGGGGUUGCCUACGGUCCUAAACGGUGGUUUGAUAAUCUUGGAUAUAACCUGGUUUUUCUCAAGGAUGUGAACUCCUACGUGGAUAUCUUACAGGUCGCAUUUAAAAACUGCGAGAAGAGGGGCGACGGGGAGGAUUACCGACAAAUCUGUUUAUCCCUUCUUGUCGCGCUGAACACUGCGAAGAAGAACGAGGAGAAUAUCGACAAACUCCUAGAGGACGUAUUCGACAAGAUGUGGGAGAAGAACCUCCUGCUUCACCAGGAUGUAAAGGACAGAAUCGUGUUUACCCUUGAGGGUGAGACAAUCGGAGAAAUUGCUAAAGGUUUACCCGUUCUGGAAGCCGAGAAUUUUCGUAGCGCUAGACCAUCGACACUCAAUUAUAAGAGAAAAACGAGACGGCGUUUAAUUGAAGAUUAAAAGGGACAUUUCAGA